UUAAUACAUGCACCCGCCUAGAUCCAGCCCUCGAUACAUCACCGGCACCUCUCCUACGAACCCUCGAGAAAACACCAACGAAGAGAAACCACCCUCAUCAUCAUCAUGGUCCUGGAGCGCGGCCUACCGCCCCGCGUCCGCCCCGCCUGACCCUACUCCCCGAUCCUCGCGGCGGCGGCCCACCCAGCCCUCUACCCGACCCCCCGUACCCGCCUCGCGGCCCUCGAACCGUCCCAUCGUCUCCCCGUCCAACACCAGUGUGAACGUCUGGUGCGACGCCAUGUUGACUGUCUGCGGCGUGAGCGCCACCACCAGCACCGCGUCCCCCAUGUCCACCUCGACGACCACCACCCCCUCUUGGAUGGACGUUCAUAGCAGGCUGAAUGAACCCACCUCUUCCGCCCCGCCCGAAGCGGAUCGCAGGCGGAACGAGCGAGAGCGACGAGAGACCCGAUGCGAGCGCGUCGACGUCCCCCGAUCCAGGCGCUGGCGAUGUCCCGUCCGCCGGUCUAGGGGUGGCCGUGUUCGAGUCGUGUUCGUUGUGUUCCGAUUCCCCAUCUCCACCGCCCCCGCCCUCGCUCUCGUCGUCCGAGCUCCGCGCGUCCUCGUCCAUCGCCGCUUCCCCAUCUACGCCAACGUCAACACCAACACCAACACCAACAUCAUCCUCAUCUCCCCCUUUCUCUCGUGGCUUCCACGUCCCGCGAAUCAUACUCGCCCCGUCGCCCCACCGCUUCAGCAGCCCGCCGACACCCUUGUUCGUGACCGCGAAAAAGUACUCCUUUGGAUAUGCGUGUGCCUGGAUGAGGUGCAGACGCCGCGCUUUCGGUGUGAGGAAGGGGCGGUUACAUGAUGCGAGGUAGCAUGCGAAGAUCUUCUCCCCCCGAUCGCGGCGCAGCGCCGCAAUGGGAUCAUGACACUCCGUAAUAUGCAGCUCCAACAUCCGCGCAUCCGGAAACACCCCCGCACACCCCCUUAGCGCACACACGUGCGCAUGGUACUUGGCGUAGUGCGCCUCGAGCGCGCGCGAGUCCGCGAGCGACGUCGGCGCGUGCGCGGGCGGGUGGCAUGUCGGCGGGAGCGUGCACAGCAGCGGCGCGCGGCCUGUGCUGCUGGAGCGCUGGGUCUUGGGCGUCGGUUCGCGGGCGUCGGGGUCAGUGGGUGUGUCUGAGCCUGG